AUGGCAGAAACAGAGCGCCGCCGCCGCCAACUCCUGCGGCAGAGGCAGAACAAGCAGUUGGAUGCUGAGCAGUGUGCCGCCACCGCUGCCGCUGCCAGGUUCCAGCGCCUCCCGCCCGAGCUACUGGCCGAGAUCCACCACCGCCUCGACUUCCUCAGCGGCCUCGCCUUCGCCUCCGUCUGCGGCCUGAAGCUGGAGACGCCGCCGUGGCUCCUCCUCCCUGGCCCCAAGGAGUACGAUGCGAAGGCCACGGUCCUGUCCCUGGCCGACGGCGAAUCCGCCACCGUGCGCACUUCGGACGUCGCCUUGCGCGGCCACGUCGUCAUCGGUUCCUCCGGCGGGUGGCUCGUGACCACCGACGACCGGGCCGCCCUCCGCAUGGCUAACCCGGUCACCGGAGCGCACGCCGACCUGCCGCCCAUCUCCACCGUCCCCUUCAUCCAGCCGCAUUACGGUGGCGGCUGGUUCUUCCUCGACUUUGCGCCCUUCCUGCAGAUGCGUUUCGGAGGCUCGCCGCCGCCGCCUGAGCACAGACACGGGCAGCGCACGCCGGCGUACACGGUCACGGCCGCCCAGAUGCGGCAGCUCGUCUACCGCAAGGUCGUCCUCUCCGCGUCGCCGCACCCGGGCAGCUACGCCGCCAUGCUCAUCAUGGACAGGUCCAUCGGCGCCCCGGCCUUCGCGUCGGCGGAGGACGCCGCGUGGAGGAUGGCGCCCACCCGCGGCGACGUCGAGGACGCCAUACACCACGGCGGUCGCUUCUUGUCCAUCACCUACACCGGCCACGUCCAGGCGUGGCAGCGCAACGUUGACACCGGCGAGUUCACCGGCGACGCCGCCGUCGCGCCGAGGCUGUCUUACAAGGACAAAGACCUCCGCCGCAAGUACCUCGCCGUGUCGACGGACGGGCGGCUGAUGGUGGUGCUCAAACACUCUAGGGAUGAGGAAAACACUAGCCGUCGGUACCGCUCCAUCUCCAUGGACACGCGCGUCUUCUUCAAGGUCCAGAUACUGGACCAUGACAAGGGCCGGUGGGAGGAGGCGGCAGACAUCGGCGACGCCGCAAUCUUCGUCGGCGUCAAUGGAUCGCUGUGCCUGUCGACGACGGAGCACCAGGGCAUCAUGCCCGGCUGUGUCUACUUCACUGACGACGAUGUCGGUGGUGCCUGCCUGCGCAACGGGAAGAGCUCCAAUUUCGUCUCACUAUGGGACGAGCUCAGGGACGUUGGCGUCUAUAGCCUAAAGGCCGGCAGGGUCGAGAAGAUAGAUGCGGUCGGCAAGCAUCUGCUAUGGCCGCCGCCGGCGUGGUUCACUCCUUCCUUUCUGUGACCACUACUGCAAGCACUACACCUGCAUCUUGCACUACUUUUCCUAUAUUAUUUUCCCCUUUUUUCUCGUUGCUUAAUUAGACGCAAUCAAUGCAGCUAGCUCGAUCAUAAUCGGGGAGUACAUUUGAUUGAAACAAAUGUACUAUUUGGAUAUUGAAAU